ACCUAACCUAUACGUAUUCAUAAGUUUCCCCGGAUGACCAAAACGAUAAUAAUACUUAAGUUUUUUGCUCCAUCUCCUAAUAUACAAAUCAAUAUAAAGUUCCACACAUGGUCACUACAGAACAUUUAUCAAAAGGUGUUGUGUCAGAUGACCAGUGCUAAGGGUACAUUUGAGUCAUGUCAGGGUCCAAGUUUGAUAGACCUGCUCGUAAACUUCAUGCACGAGAUGUUCUGAGGUUGCAAUUUGAAGGAGAUGAAUUGAAGUUUUGCGAAGAUGGAAUCUCCGUUAGUGUGCCUCUGUUGUGGAUUCAGGGACACGUGGUAUCAUACAAUGAGGAUAAAAGUGAGGUGAUCCUAGAAGAUGAAGGCUUUAUGAUUAAAAUCACCAACUGUCAAAAUAAUCCCUGUGGAAGCUCAUGGAUAUCAGAAGGUCAAUAUGUAAUGGUAGUUGGGGAAAUUAACAAAGUUGCUGGUGACAAAGUAGUGCAGACAGUCAAGAUGUCUGACCUUUCUGCCAGUGAAAUCCACCAAGCUACCUGGAGCUAUGAAGUUGCAGAAUUUAAAAUGUUAAUGAAAGAAAAUCCAAGCAUAUUUGAAUGAUGUACUGUACAUUUAAUGGAAUGAUAAAACCAAAGAAUUAAUCAUGUUACUGUUUAAAAAUUUAUUUUUAAAAUCUCUGAUUACUAACUAAUUUUUAUAAAAGAAUGAUGAAAUAGAAA